GAACACUACUAACUAGAGGAAGAGCUUCAAGUAGGAUUAGCCCUUGGACUCAGAGAAGUAGAUAGAUUGUCUGCGCCCGGUAGGGUUUAUCGACCCUGCAACCAAAACCAAAAUCCAAAUCCCAAAUCCUGAUAAAAAUGGGUGGUGCUAGCAACAGGUUCUUGAGCCUACUCUCCACCACGACGCACCCUUUGCCUCUUCAUCUCCACCACCGCUUCCCUUGUCUCCUCCUCCUCCGCCUGUCCCGCCGCUCGUCCAGUCCCCAACUCUUGUCUCGCCUUCAUCAUUCUACUCUCUCUUGUCGCUCCUCCUCUUUUACUAGUCUCAAAUCCUCCCAUCAUGUUCAUUUCCACUCCAACGCCUCUCCAGUUUCCCCUGCCUACCCUUCUGCCGACCCACCCCUGCACCCCUGGCCGGAGUGGUCGCACCUGCUUAAUGCUCUCUCUGCCGCCGGUUAUGAUGAAGUCCACGGCCACGACGUCUUCACCGGGGAUUUGCCCGACCACUUUGUGCGCGCUGCCCGUGUUUGUUUGGCCUUCGCCACCGCACGACCUAGCCUUUUGAGGUUGCUUUCUUGGAGAGAUUUAGAGGUUGUGGUGGAGAAUGGGACGCCGUUUUUGUUCCAGAAUGGUGGUGAUGAAUCAGCCCGGAGGAUGACCUCAUUUCUCGCCCAAGGCUCUACAAAUGCCUUCGAUACUGAUAAAGCACAAACGGUUGAUUUGAUGAGAUUUAUAUUGAGUUAUGCUAGCACUCCUGUUUUUUCUUCAGAGCAAAACAACCUCUACAAUAGAGAACUUGUUGAAUCAUCUGUCCGUAAUCUGUUGAAAGAAAUGGCGAAGCUUUGUUAUAGCGCUCCAGAGUCUAACUCUUUUGGGACAGUGCAGAAUCAAAGUUCUAAUAAUCAUGGAGCAACUCCUGGGCCUUUUGGCAAAACUAUUGAAAUGAAAAGAGGCGACUGGAUUUGCUCAAGGUGCAAUUUCAUGAACUUCGCAAAAAACAUGAAAUGCCUUGAAUGCAAUGAGGCAAAGCCACACAGACAGCUGACUGGCAGAGAGUGGGAGUGUCCUCAAUGUGAUUUUUUUAACUACGGGAGAAACAUGGUAUGCUUGAGGUGUGAUUGCAAGCGGCCUGGGGAGGUCUCACGUGGUACCACUAAAACUAAUUUAGAUAUUGGAUUCAACAAUGGAGAUUAUACAAAUAAAGCUGAUAUCAAUAGCAGGCUGGCUGCCAAUGAAGAGAAGGCACAGCGGUGGUUUAGUAAGAUUUCUCAGUUAGACAGUACUUCAGACAUGAGCAGUGCAAUAUCAGAUGAAGAUUUUCCUGAAAUAAUGCCAUUGAGGAAAGGAGUAAAUAGAUUUGUUGUGAGUACAAGGAAGACACCAUUAGAGAGGAGGCUGGCAAAUGCCCAGUACCAAAGAAGCUUGGACACUGAUGAAAUCAAGGAUCUCCAAAAGGGGAGUGCAAAUAAGUCACUUGGUGCUACAUCGAGCCAGACUUUAGAUACUAUUCUCGGUCGUUCAUCUGUUUCUGAAUCAAAUACUACCAAUACCAAUGCUGGAGAACAUGGUAAAACUGAUAACCCCUCUUUUAUCUCUAGCUCAGGUUCCACACAGUAUCAACAGCCCAGACAGAGUAACUCCAAUUAUGCCCCAUUUGUGCCAUUACCUGCAGAUGCGUUUGCUAAGAAACCUGAGACUUCAUAUAUGGAGGAGAGUGGGAAGUUAGUGAGUGACCAAAAUGAGUCCGUCACUUUGAAGGGCAGUGAAUUGGAAGGUGUUUCUGGGAACAAUCAAUCUGGUAAAUCAGAAGACAGUCUGAUAUCUGCAAAGUCUAUGAAACAAGCUGGCAGCAGGAAUGAAGAAACGGAACAAGCUGAAAAAUCUGAGAGAUGGUUUAAGAGGGUUGCAGAGUUGCAUGAUGUUACAGAUCUUGCAAGUGCAAUUUCCGAUGAGGACUUCCCUGAAAUCAUGCCGGUCCGCAAAGGAGAGAAUCGAUUUAUGGUCAGCAAGAAGAAAGAUCGUUCUUCGUCUUCUCCAGCAUACAAGAGAGGUACAGCUAUGGAACAACCUAACAGUGCCAACUAUGUUCCCUUCGUUCCCUUCCCACCUGACUACUUUGCUAAAGUUGACAAUCCACAGACAAGCGGGACAGCUUUGGAUAACAAGACUGGUGUUAAGUCAACUCCAACCAUGAUGCCAGAGAACCCUGUAGACAAAUCGUUUGACACAAGACCUGGGACGCUGAAUACUGGUCAUAGUCAACAGAUGGAAAGUCAGCAAAGCCGUGUUGCCAACUUGAAAUCUAGAUCUUCUGAAGACAAUCCUAGAAAGGAAUGGACUAGCUCUGUUAAUGGACCCCCAGCCAGUGGAAAUUCUGCCCUGAAUUUUGCUAAUACUACCACUGAUAGUACGGACAGAUUGAACAGUGGAUCUUCAGGGAAAGAGAAUUUUGAUGAGUUAAUGGAUUCGCACCAUCUGUCCAAUGAACAGAACAUUAGACAGCGCUGGACUGGGAAGAGUUUGGAGGGGUCAGCAGUGAAGGAACCGAAUCCUUUAGAUAUGUCAGAGGAGGCAAAGGCAGAGAGAUGGUUUAAGCGUGUUGCUCAGAUUAAAGACAUAUCAGAGCUGAGUCAGAUUCCUGAUGAAGAUUUUCCAUCAAUAAUGCCAAUGCGUAAAGGAGUGAAUCGGUUUGUGGUCAGCAAGAGGAAAACACCGUUGGAGAGGAGGUUGACAUCUCCACAGUACAGAAAAAGCCUUCCUAUUGUGAGCUCUGAUCCAGUGAAGGAAGAUGAUGGUAACUGAAUAGUCCGAAAAAGUAUUUCUUUUGUUGUUUUCGAAGCUUGAGAUAAUUGGUAUCCUUUUCCAAAAUAUGAUUAUCUUUGGCAAAUUAUUUGUACUUCUGAAAAUUGUUAUAGAGAAACCAAUUGGUGCAUUUUAGUGUAUAUAUAGAUUGAUAUUUAGUAAUCCAUGAGUUGGUACUUGGGUCA